CUAUCACUCACCAAUGACUCGAGGACUAGAAGACGUGCGCAAAGAGACACUUAUCUUUGAAGACGGUGCUCCAUGCUUGGAUGAUGAAGGCAAUCCUAUUAUCAUGACUUGUGCCACCCUUGACCCCGAGAAUCUUUCCAAAGACUCUAUCGUCAUUAUGUCCAAUAAUUCAAAUCCCAUGGUCAUGACACGCGAACAAUUGGCUAAUAUCAUUGAGGAUUCUGGAACACUUGUACGACCUUGUGGCGCGUGUGGCAUAGGCCCGAGGCAAAAAAACGUGAAGGAAUUUUCUAAAUGUGCGAGCUGUAAGGAGACUUGCUAUUGCAGUAAAGAUUGUCAGCGGGCCCAUUGGAAGGAACACAAGGCCCUCUGCAAAGAACGUCAAUUGUCAAUUGCAUCCAAGAAGAGACUGGAAGAAGACGCACGGAGAAAGGGAGAGAUUUACUAUGAUCCGGUCACUCUCCAGGGUUGGUACCGAAAGAAUCAUAGUGCCAUUGAAUAUGCGGCUUUCCAUGCACUCGAGAUUUAUAAAGGCGCCUCACAGUCCCUGCUCAAAACACAUUUCGCCUUCUUUGACUUAUCCCAGAAUGAUAAGACUCCUAACGACAUAACAACGGUGACUUUGAAGAAUGUAGUUGCUGUGCCUAGGUCCAUGAUUCCGCUGUCUGAAAACACGAAAGCGCAAUGCGAGCGCGCAGUCAAGAAUGGGUAUAUGUGUGUUUACCUCGCUGACCUAUCGCACAAGUCGAUAGCUCUGGAGAUGCAUAAAGCGCCGAGGGCAAACUGGAAGAAGCCCGAUAAGGAGUGGGUUCUCAAUGCAAUUCUGAAAUGCAACGUAGCGGGAAAAAUCUGAGAAUUCUGCGCAUACUGCCGAGCUUUGCUUUUCCACCGCUUUGUGAGCUUGAUGUUCGAAAAUACGACUUACGUUUGAUACGAGUUUGUGACAAGGAAUUUUAUUAGUGGUAACAGAGAUCAUCAAAC